AUGGAAAACAUUUUACCUAAACACAGCGCGGGUACAUGCGAUGCGUUCUCGGCGCUCUCAUCGCGUCGUUCUGUCCGCGCAAAAUCGGCGUCAUCAUCACCACCAUCAUCUAACAACCGACGACGUUUCCAAUUCGUCCAAUACGGCGACACCUUGCCCGCGAAUUAUUCGAUGAUGAAAACCAUCGCGUGCGAUGGAAACGUUUCCGGGGCAACCGUGCAACUCACGCACUGGACAGGAAACGAGACCGAGGAGAAGUAUUACGCGGACACGAGCACGGAAAUUGCGAUGAAUUUUAUCGAGCACAAUAACGAGGACGAUUCGGGCGAGUACGCAGACGCGAUCGUUUUGAACAACCACUACGAUACCGACGGCGUUUUGAGCUGCUUCGCGUUACUGGAACCAGAGUUUGCUUUGAAACAUAAACAGAUAUUCAUCGAAGCGGCCGAGAGCGGGGAUUUCGGGGAGUUUAGUUCGGAAAACGGAGUGAAGUUGGACAUCGCGUUGUCUUCGAUUUGCGAUCCGUUGAGUUCGCUGUGCGUGACGGACGACGACGAGUUGGCGUAUUCGUUGGCGUUCGAGAAAGUGAAAGGCGUGGUGGAGCGGCUGAACGAGGACGUCGGCGAGGAAUUGUGGAAGGAAGGGUACGACCAAGUGUUGGAGGCGGAGAAGGUGUUUGAGAGAGGGAACGCGAGAGUGCGACGGAGCGAGAAGGAUGCGAGAUUGGCGAUUGUUGAAUCGAGGACGGAGGACGGGUAUCUUUCGUCGCAAGCGGUGCACAAGAAGUUGAAAGAGAUUGGCGCGGACGGCGUCGGGGAGAAUCCGGUGUUGCGAGUGUUGAGGGCGACGAAAGACGAAUCGAGCGGAAAAUAUAGGUACUUUUACGAGAAACCGAGCUACGGUUGGGUGAAGAAGUUGCAAAAAAGAAGAGAGAUUCCAGACGUGGACGCGGACGUUUUGGCGGAGAAUUUGAGCGGAAGUAGUAGUAGCAGUUGGUCCAAAGGCGGGCCUUUGGGUCUCUCCGCCAUUUGCCAAAUGAACGAAUAG